CUUAACCUUAUUGAGGCUGUGGAGCUCACACCAUCGGUCAAGCAAUUCAUCUCAAGCGAGUUUGCGUUCCAGAUUGGACCAGAGCACGCGAAACGAAGCCCUUCAUUCCCAUUUAAGAUCGCCACUCUUCGACGGCUUGAAGGAUCACCCCUAGAGAUCACCCUCAUUCAUACGGGUGUCUUCUUAGAUUACCUCGUAUACCCCCGAAUAGCAUCCCACAUGGAAUGUCAGACUGUGUGGUUCCAUCUUGGACCAGAUGCUGCCGCGAUCCCUAGGGACGGCAACCGUACUGUCGCUUUCACGCACACCAAAGACGUCGGGGAAUUCGUUUCCCUAGGUUUGGAUCUUCCCAAUUCGGAGAGGCAAUAUUAUGGCUACGCAGAUCGUCUAACGCUCAACGAUAUCGUGAGAAUUAUCGAAGAGGUCAAAGGUGUCCAGGUGAACGUCACGUAUGACUCGAGGGAUUCUUUGAACCGUGUGGAAUGCACACUGCUCCCUGGGCCUGCUGAAAGCGAGUUGAAGGACAGUAAGUUCAAUGGGUAA